UCAAUUUGUCUCAAUUAUUGUUUCUUCACACUUCUGUAAUCGUUUACAUAUUGGCAGAUUAAAACGACAUCAAUCCAAGAUGGGACAAGGUGCUUCCACUGAAGUAAAUCAGCAGACAGAGAAGAAUGGAACCAAAGAAGUCAAUGAGAAGGGAAAAGAAGAGGAAAUAAAAGACAUAGAUAAAACAGGAAGUUUAAGAAAGAAGGCAUGGCUGAAACGUAAACCAAGUGAUCAAAAGUCACCAAAGUCAAAGAAAAAAGGUAAAGAAAAUAAAAAGAAAGGUUCUCAGGAUAAACUUUCCAUCACUACAGAGGAACCAGAAAAAGAAGAAGUAUCUCAUAGACUUUCAAGAAUUGAAUUACAUCUAGAAGAGUGUCAACCAGCUCCUGAUGAUGAUACAAUAUCAUUGUCGUCAUGUGGAGAAAAUGUUGAAAAUCAUUUACAAGAUGUUAUAUCUGAUGACAAUUCAACUGCAGCAGAUCGUAGCUCCAGUAGCUGCAUUGAUAACAAUCUCACUGACAGUAUUUCAAAGGAUGAUAGUGAACCCUUGAAUAAUACAUCUCACCUACCACUUGCAAAUAAGAAUCAAGAAGAUAGUAACCUGAGCAAGAAACAUGAUAAAUUAGAUGAUGAAAUACAUGACUUGAAAGAAAUAAAGGGAGACAUCAAUGAAAAACAAGAUGACUCAAUUGAAAAACAAGUUGAAUCAGUUGAAAAGCAGGAUGGCUUAAUUGAAAAACAAGAUGACUUAAAAGAAAAUCAUGAUGAUUUAAAAGAAAUGAUAAAUGAAAAACAGGACAUCUUAAAAGAAACUGAAGAUGUAAAACAGGAUGAUUUAAAAGAAGCACAAGUAGAUUUAAAUGAAAAGAAAGAUGACUUAAAAGAAUCACAAGAGGAUUGUAAUGAAAAGGGGGACGGAAUAAAUGAAAUUAUUCAUACAUCAGCUGUUGAAGUUACAGAAGUAUGCCUGAACUUCAAAGAAGAUGAGGAUUUGGUAGAACAUUCACAAAAUGUCAUCCCUGUCAAUCAAACUGAAGAAGAAAAUGAUAAUAAAAUAGUUGUGUCAUCUGAGAAUGAUGCUUUAAAUCUUGAGAAUAAAGGAGAAUCAAAAACAGAAGAAUCAACAGUUGGAGUGGCUGUACAUGUAGAUGACUGUCAUAAUAUCAAAGAUGAACAUACAACAAACACUGAUUUCAUUGCCAGUACCCAGACCAAUCCUGACAUUACAUUUACUAACAUCGAAGUGGCUUCAGCAAAUUUGGAAGAUCUUGAAAGUCAUGAACCCAAAAAUGAUGAGUGUGAAAUUUCUUCUUUAUCACUUGAUGCUAGCUCUCCAUUACAAGAUAGCAGAAAAGAUGAGAUUGAAAUAAAAGAUGCAGUAAAACAAGAAGUAGUUGAAGUAACAGAAAUUGGAUAUACUAUAGAGCAAGUAGAGAGUGAAAUUAAGAGCGAACCUGAAGUAGCACCAUCUACUCUGGUCAUCCAAACUGAGAUGAUGUCUGAAAUCAAAGAUGUAAAUUCAGAGGAAACCAUUUUGAACAAUGGUGACGAAAUUGUGAGUGCAUUAGAGGAGAGUGUCGAUCAAGAAAUCACACAUUAUAUGCAAAUACCAAAUGAUGACAAUGUCUCAUUAGAUUCCAAAACAUCAAAAUUUGAUGAAAGCAUUACUGAAAUAAGAGGUCAUUUGGAUGAUGACAUCCAUCAUACCUCAUCAAUGUUAUCUGAAAGUGAAACGGUAUGUAUUGUAGAAUCAAACCAUCAAGGUCUCUCAGUUGAAAUGUGCUCUGAUGAAACAGCAACAGAAGAGGAUACUACAAAGGUAAUGGAUGCAACAGUUGAGGAAUUAGUACCAGACAGUUCAGUCAAUGAUGGUUUUAAUCAUUCAGAGUUAACUGAAAAUACAGAAAACAAGGAACCACAAUAUAAAAUUAACCUUAAUGAAAGAAAUAUGUCUGACCCAGAAGUUUUAUUGGAAACCAUUCGGAUGAUGGAGGAAGCUAAAGCAAAAGGACCAUCUGUAGAAAUAAUGACAACAGACUUAGAUGCAGAAGAUUUAUCGGAGGAGACAACACUGCAUCCAGUAAAUAAUACUGAAGAAAGCAAGGUGAACAAUAUAGAAAUUAAUAAUCUCCAGAAUUCUAAUACCAAUGAUGAAGAAGGCAGUAUUGGUGAACCGAGUGACCAAUCAUUGGCAAUGUCCUCCUCAACAAGUACUGAACAAAGUGACAAUGUGGCUAAAAUGAAACCAACAUAUACAGAUAAUUCAAAUGGAACUGUUUUUGUAUAGGACUCUCAAAAACAAUUAAGCCUUUAUUACAGUUAUUAUUAUUAUCAUUAUUAUUAUUAUUACUAUUACUGCUGAUAUUUAUUUUUUAAAAGAUAUCCUUAUAGUAGAACAAUUAUAAGGUUAUCAUUUCAGAAAAGUAAUAAGUAUAUAAGAUAAAGCCAUCAGUUUAGACUGAUACAUAUGAUAUGACAAUAAUGUCAUACUUUUUUAAUUCAAACAAUCAAUAAUCAACACAAAGUAUUAUAAAGUAGCUUUAUUAUAUUUAACUCAUUAAUAUUUAGCCAUCAUAUUUGUUUUUUAAUUGAAAAUGUAAUUGUAGAGGAAGCACGUCUAUUUAUUUCCCCAAGAUAUUCAACCAUCAGCAGCUUCUUACAAAUGUCAUUUUAUAUCAAGAGAUACAAAGAAUAAAUAAGAAGACACUGGUUUACUACAUAUAUGGCAAAAAGAUCCCUAACUCCUUUGAAUCAAUGGAUAAAGGGGUAUAAAACACUAUUGUUGAUACCAUUUUAGAUGUAUAAGGUCUUUAUUUUGAUUAACUGGUUAUUUUUUGUUUUCUGUCAUCUUUUUUUUUUCCUUUAAAUAAUAUAACUGAUAAAUGGAACAAAUAUCAUCAGAGAAAUGUCUGUAUAUUAACUGAUGAUUAAACAGACUAUUCCUUCUGUUAAAGUUUUAUAAGCUAGGUUUUAUGAUGCUUAUACAUCAGAAAAACACACAACAAAUGGUCUUUGUAACAGAAGCAAAUAUGUCACCUAAAAAAGAAUUCUACAGAGAAAAAGGUCUUUUAAGACAACUUGCAAAUUUAAAAGAUUUAUAUGUAAUUGAAAAUAAUUUCUUGUGUCUGUUAUAUAUUAUUAUAAUAUAUAAUAUUGUAAAAUUAUACAUUAUAAUACACAAUAUAUUGUUAUAAUUUUAAUUAUAUCAUAUAAUAUUAUAUUGUUAUAAUAUAUAAAAUUAUAUUAUAUGCCAAAAAAUGUAUCUCAAUAUACCAAAGUUAUUGAAAAAAAGGGAGUGAUUUAAUGAUGGUAACAAAUCUCAAUUCUCUGUCUUUGCAUAAUAUAAUGGUUAAACUGAAAUAUUUCUGACCAAGGAUCCCGAGCAACAGAAAACCCUCUCAAGUCUAAACAUAUUCUUCUUCGAGUAUUCAUUAUGUAUUUAAUUCAAUUUUUAAGACUCCAAUUAGGAAUGGGAUAAUUGCCGUUUCGAAUCUUGUUCUACCUGUAGUAAUUUCUUAUGGAAUUCUUCCAGAAAUCUUAUGGAAAUGGGUGCAAUAUCUAUCAAAAUGUUCUUUAUCCCUUGAGGCCUUAUGAAUAUCAGCUUAUCCCCGCCACCCUGCUCCGUUAUGAUACAACAAACAAAAGUACUGCAAUUUUAAAAGAAAAAAAAUGAGAUAAUGAGAUCUAUAGAAAAAGAUCUUAAGUGACUCUUUGCUUUUCAAAUAAUUAACUACAUAAUUAUGAAGAGAGAAAAAUCAAAACAGUUCAGUUUUUCAGGAAGAGAUAUCAUUUUAUAAAAAUAUGUUUAAUGGUAUAUAAAAGAGCUCAACACUUCUAACUGACUUAUUCUCCAGUUUAUUAUUUUUUAACAAAAAACUCUUAAAUAAAAAAUAGGUGGGGAGAAAUGAUUUAACUUUACCCAUAUUUUUUAGAUAAUCUUUUAAGCUAUAUAUUUCUGUGUUAAUUUAAAGUUGUUAAUUCUAUCUUUCGGAUUAAUCAAAUUAACAUAAAAUUAUUUAUUAUAAUGAAUUUUUUCUUUCUUCAUGAGUUGUUUAAAAGAUUACAUACACUGUUAAUGAAAAUUAGUAAAUAUACGUCAGUUUAGAAAAGAUUGUGUUACCUUUUUCGAUAUGAAUAGCAUUAAAUGUCUACAUUAAUAUUGUAAUGGAGUCUAUCAGAAAAAUGAAAUUACAAAGUCAAAAAAGCAAGAUUCCAAGUUCAUGUUUAAAUUUCCUGAGCAAUACAAUAAGUCUUCAAUAUAUUUUGAUUUCUUUCCAACUAAUGUAAAAACUGAAACCAAAACAUUAAAAAUAUUUUAAAAAAUAAAUAAAACAAUAAAAAAGCAUGAAAAGAAAAAAAUGUUUUAUAACAAAAA